CCCAAUUCCCCGUCCCCCUAGUCUCAGGGGCACUGCGGAGUGGCGUGCACAGGGGCAUAAAGGUGGGUGGCUGUUAAAGCUGGGACUGGUGAUGCUCUCCAGGAGCCAGUUUCUUGUCGUGGGCAGGGAUGAUGCUGCCAUCUGCUGGCUGAAGUGGGAACUGCUCACCCACAGAACUGCCUAGUUUUGCUCUUUCAGGGGCUCCUCUGCCUCCCACCUGGUUGAGAAGGGUUGGAGCUCCUGCAAGAGAAGGGUUGGAGCUCUGCAGCUCACAGCAGCUUGAUGAGUUGUCACUUUCUAAAUCUGGAAUCCUUAGGGGUGUGGGUGUAUUUCUAAAGAAAGCUGGAACAGUUGGGGAGCCAGGGUGCAGCCCCUGGAAUCCCACCUGUAGGGCCUGACAAAAAUAAGAGUAGGUGGAGGCAUGGAGGGUAGUGGGGUUCAUAGUACCCACAUAGCCAGUGGAAAGACUGAGAAGGGUCUCUUUGGGGGCAGUGCUCCCAAGGGAGAAGGCGUGGAGGCAAGGACAGGGGCAAGCAUGAGAAGCAGGUUGUGUGGGCUGGUGAAAUAGUUCACUUGGAUAGUGUGUUGCUAUGCCAUGUGUAUGACCUAGACUUGGGCCUAACCCACACUGCUUCAGAAGAAGCUUUGGUGUUGUGGUCUCUUCCACUCUCUCUCUUGUAUCAGCUCCCUCUCUGUCUCAAUAAAAUAAAACAUAAAAAAGGAAGCUGGUUGUGGAGGAAGGCAAAGCAGUUGUGGAUGGCCCAGUGACUUCAACCAAAGGAGCCCCCAGCCUCCCUAGACCAGAGGACUAUCCUAGUCAUUCCCCAUAAUCACUACCCUGGGGGUGACCGCUGUCAAUCUGUGUUUGUUUUCUUUAGAGUCAGAGCCUCAUGCAUGUGCAAUUUCACUGCUCCUGGGUCACUUUAUUCAGAUAGACAGAGAUACCACAGCUUCCUCUAGUGCCGUGGUACCUUCUAUGUGGUGCUGAGGCUUGAAUCUGGAUGCCAUACAUGGCCAGGUUUGUGUCCUACCCAGUGUGCUCUCUCUACAGCCACCACUGUGACUUUGGAUAAAGUUCUACAUGUGUGGACUUGGCUUGGCAGCUGUCAGAGUUACACUUUGAGAAAGAAAGGACACACAUACUCAUGUCACUUACCCUCUUGGCCUGUCUACUUAUAUCUGUGCACUGCAAGUUUUUUAGUGACUUCCGAUGGUUCACACAAACUUUUUUUUUAAAUUAUUUUUUAUUUUCCCUUUUGUUGCCCUUGUUGUUUCAUUGUUGUUGCUGAUGUCGUCGUUGUUGGAUAGGACAGAGAGAAAUGGAGAGAGGAGGGGAAGAUAGAGAAGGGGAGAGAAAGAUAGACACCUGAAGGCCUGCUUCACAGCCUGUGAAGCGAUUCCCCUGCAGGUGGGGAGCCGGGGCCUCGAACUGGGAUCCUUAUGCCAGUCCUCGUGCUUAACCCGCUGCGCUACCACCUGACCCCCGCACACCAACUUUUUAUCCCAUUUGACCACUUUAAAGCCUGUCUCUGAUUCCCAUGUGAAGGAUGUAGGGAGUGGCUGCCCCUCUUUGCCUCCUCCCCCCUUUCAUCUCAGUGUGGUUAAUGACAUCAUUUGUAUUAUGAAAUCAGGCUGACAAAGAUUGUCUUCUGUUCUGAAGUAAUCAUGAAGCUCUAUGCUUGGGCUUUUGAAAAAGAAAUUUAUUUAUUUAUGAGAAAGAAAGUAAGAGAGAAACACACCAAUAGAUACUUUAUCCACAGCGCCACUUCCAGGUCAUUCUUAUUUUGUUUUUAUUUCCACCAGAAGCAUCACAGGGCUUAGUGUCUGCACCAUGACUCCACUAUUUUGGUAACUUUUCUUUUACUUUCAUUCUUCUUUUUGAUAGAGGGUGAGACAGAGAGAUGUUGGGAAGAGGAGAGACAGAAAGAGAGACACCUGCAGCAUGGCUCCACCACAUGUAUAGUGUCUCCCCCUGCAGGACUGGACAGGAACAUGAACCCUAGUCCUUGUGCAUGGUGAUGCGUGUGCCCUGCUGGGUGAGCCACCACUUGGCCCCUUGGCACCAGACUUUUUACUGAUUUAUUUAAAUAGAUUAAAAACAAACAAAAAAACCCAGAAGGGCCAUAAGAUAACUUACCUAGAAAAAUGUAUGCUUUGUAUGGCUUGGAGCCAGAAUCCCACCACACUGAGAGGAACUUUGGUGCUGUGGAGUCUGUCUCUUUUUCUCUCUAUUUUUCUUUAUUUUGCUUUUGCUUUUUAAAUUUUAUUUAAUAAAAUAGAGGGAAAUUGAGAGGGAAGGACGAUAGAGAGGGAAAGACACCUGUGGCCCUGCCUCACCACUCAUGAAGCCCCUCCCUGCCCCCCACAGAUGGGGCAUGAUGGCUUGAACUUAGGUUCUUGCACAUGGAAACACAUGCACUUAACUACAUGUGCCACCAUCUGGUCCCUAUGUCAUUCUAUCUGAAAGCAUUGACUCAGAGCAGUAAAGCUCUGGUGAUGACAUAGUCGGACAGUGAAAAGCAAUGGACCCUUCCUCUUCCUGCAAGUGGCCUUAGGUGACACCCCCCCCCCACAAUGGUCCGCUACUAGCUUGACCCAGAAAACCCAACGAAAUCAUGCAAGGCAAGAGGCUCAAACCUCUGUGUGCAUUUCAAGAACAAUCGAGAAACUGCCCAGGCCAUCAAAGGCAUGCAUAUCCAAAAAGCCACCAAGCAUCUGAAGGAUGUCACUCUACAGAAGCAACGUGUGCCAUUCCGUCAUUACAGUGGUGGUGUUGGUAGAUGUGUCCAUACUAAACAAUGGGGCUGGACUCGAGGUCGGUGGCCCAAGAAGAGUGCUGAGUUUCUGCUGCACGUGCUUAAAAAUGCAGAGAGCAACGCUGCACUUAAGGGCCUAGAUGUAGAUUCUCUGGUCAUUGAACAUAUCCAGGCAAACAAAGCCCCGAAGAUGAGGCGCCGAACUUACAGAGCUCAUGGUUGGAUUAACCCAUACAUGAGCUCUCCCUGCCACGUUGAGAUGAUCCUCACUGAAAAAGAGCAGACUGUCCCUAAACCAGAGGAGGUUGCACAAAAGAAAAAGAUAUCCCAGAAGAAACUAAAGAAACAAAAACUUAUGGCCUGGGAAUAUAUUGAACAUAAAAUAAGUGUAACUGAAACUAAAAAAAAAAAAAAUGUACCGUUGAACCACACAGGAAAUAGGAAAACCAAACCCUAGUUGUUAACCCUGUGUUGCAUGAAGGAGUAUGUUCUAGGCACUCUGUUUUUUAUUUAUUUAUUUAUUUUUCGGCGACCCACUUGGCUGCUGGGUUUCUCUGCAUCCCUUGAAAACGUCUUGUGUAAGUUCUUUUCUGUUUUGUAGUAACAUUGCCCUGAGUAUCCAGUUAGUUCAUGGACUUUUGCAUUUACUCUGCUUUUAACAGGACAGGCUAUUUGCAAAUCUAUCAUGUUACUAUGUAAUUUUUCCAUAUUCUUGCAUAUGUUAGGAUAUGUGUCCUCAGUGUUUUUUUUUUUUUUUUUUUUAAUGAUUGAGGCAGAGAGAGAGAGAGGGUCUGUGGCAUUGAAGAUUCUGUCAAGAGUGGGGAUAUAGCAUAAUGGUUAUGCAAAGAGACUUUCAUGCCUGAGGCUCUCAAGUCCCAGGUUCAAUCCCCUACACCACUAUAAGCCAGAGCUGAGCAGUGCUCUGGUUAAAAAAAAAGGAAAGAAAGAAAGAAAGAAAAAGAUUCUAUCAAUAUGAUGGGGACCAUUCUCAAACCUGGGUCUUGCACAUGGCAAAGCACUGUUCAAGUGAGCUGUUUUGUUGGGCCCCACCAUUAACAAUUUGACUGGAUAGAGUGUGUGAGGUCAAAAUAUCUUUACUGGAGGCUGGCUGGUGGUGCACCUGUUGAGCACACUUAUUAACCAUGUGCAAGAACCAUGGUUCAAGCCCCGCUUCCCACCUGAAGGUGGCAUGCUUCAUGAGUGGUGAAGCAGGUCUGCCGGUGUCUAUAUUUCUUUCCCUAUCUCCCCAACCCAUGUCAAUUUCACUCUGUCCUAUGAAAUAAAGUAGGAAAGAAAGGAAGGAAGAGGGAAUUGGGCAGUAGUGCAGUGGGUUAAGUGCACGUGGCGCAAAGCACAAUGACUAGCUUAAGGAUCCGGGUUCGAGUCCCCGGCUUCCCACCUGUAGGGGAGUCGCCAGUUCUGCAGGUGUCUCUUUCCCCCUCUGUCUUCCCCUCCUCUCUCCAUUUCUCUCUGUCCUACCUAACAAGGACGACAUAAAUAACAACAACAAUAAUAGCUGCAACAAUAAAACAAAAGGGAAAAAGAAAAUGAAAACUUAAAAAAUAUAUUUUAUCUUUUAUUUACUUAUUUGAUAGAUAUGGCCAGAAAUUGAGAGGAAGGGGAGACAGAUAGAUAGAUAGAGAGAGAGAGACCUGCAGCACUGCUUCACCACUUGUGAAGCUUCCUGCCUACAGGUAGGGACAGGGGUCUUGAACCUAGGUCAUUGCACAUAAUAACGUGUGCUUAACCAGGUACAUCACUGCCUGGCCCGAAUAAGUGAAAUUAAAAAAAAAAGUAAUGGGCAGCUUGGGAGGUGAUGCAGUGGAUAAAGCAUUGGGUUCACAUGCAUGAGAUCCUGAGUUCAAUUCUGAGCACUCUGUGUGCCAGAGUGAUGCUUUGGUUCUGGUUCUCUCUCUCUCUCAUAAAUAUAUAUAUAUUUUAAAAAAAUGAAAGAAUGGAAAAUUGGGCUGGGGAGGUCAAUCAGUACUCUUGCACCUAUGCAAGGAGUUUACUUCCUGCUGUUGCAUUAAAAUAUGUUUACUUGUGGUCCGGAAGGUGGCACAGUGGCUAAGGCAUUACACUCUCAAGCAUGAGAUCCUGAGUUCCAUCCCUGGGCAGCACAUGUACCAGAGUGAUGGCUGGUUCUUUCUCUCCUCUUAUCUUUCUCAUGAAUAAAUAAAU